AUGAUAGCUGUACCUUAUGAAUUUAUGAAUAUAAAAAAUUAUGAGUGUCUUUACAACAAUUUAAAAAUUAUGAAUGAUAUGAUUAGAAAUAAUGAUUAUAAUAUAAACAGUUAUAUUUAUAAUGUGUAUAUAUCAAAAUUGAUUUUUGUCAUGGUUAAUAUUUAUAAUGAACAUAGUAUGAAUAAUAAUAAUAAUAAUAAUAAUAAUAUGGACAGAUAUAUAAUAUAUAAUAAUAAUAUUGAAUAUAUAAUUAAUAACACACAAAAUAUUUAUAUGAUAAAAAACGAAUAUUUAUCAAAUAGUUAUGAAGAUGGAAAUAUAUUAAAUACCAAAGAAUAUAAUGAUUCAAGUUUAAUAAAAAAUAAAAGAGAUAAUAAAUUUUUGUGUUAUAAUAAAUGUAUUAGGAGACACAAUAAAAUAAAGGUAUAUGAAAAAUUGAAUAAGCAGAAUUAUUAUAUGAAUGUGUUACAUAUUGUGAAUAAUAUAAGAAAUUUAAGGAUAUCCAAAAUUAAGAGAAAAAAAAAGAGAUUAAAUAUAAUUAUGAGAAGAAAAAAAAAACGAAAGCGAAAAAAAACGAAAAUGAUAAUAUUAAAUAAUCAUAAAAUUUAUAGUACGAAUAGAAAUAAUAGUUCUAAUAAUAAUUAUAUGGAUAAUAAAAUUUAUAAAAUAUUAUUAAAAAAUAAUAAGAUUUUAUAUAUGAAAUAUGAUGAUACCAUAAAUUAUGAAGAAUCUAAAAAUAGAACUGUACUAUUUGAUAUGAUGAAAUAUUUAUCAUCUAUCAAAUACAAAAAUAAUAAUAAUAAUAAUAGUAAUAAUAAUAAUAAUAAUAAUAAUAAUAAUAAUAUUUUAUAUCCAUUAAUUAAAAUUAAUACAGGCAAUAAUGAAUAUAAUAAAAAGAAUAUUUAUAAAUAUUUUAAUUUUGAUAGAACAAUUUAUUAUAUAUAUAAUCAAAUAAAAAAAGUAAUCAAAAAAUUAAAAAACUUAAUUAUCAGUAGAAAUAUAACAUAUUACCAAUAUUUUAAAAGUAUAACAUAUAAUAAUAUAUAUAAAUACAAAUAUUAUAUCAGUAAUUAUGUUAUAUCAUUCUACUAUAAUUAUUUACAUAAUGAAUAUGUUAACAGUCAAAAUUCUUUUUUAAAAUAUUUUAAGAAUAUGUAUAAUUUUAAGAAAUUUCUUAAAAUUUUUGUCCAACUUUUUCUGGAUAAAAUAUUUUGUAUAAGUAAAUCUAUAAUUAAAAAAAAAAAUAAUAAAAACAAGAAUUAUUCUAAUGAAAAAUUAAAAAAGAAAUUAAAAAGUAUAAGUAUAUAUAGAAGAAUAUGUGAAAAAAAAACACAUUAUGAUAUUUUUAAUACCUUAUCUCUAAAUUUAAAUAACAAUAAUUAUAUAAUAAAUAAUAAAGAUAACCCUCAUAAAAAUUAUAGUCAUUUUAUUAAAUCAUAUGUUAGAAAAAUUUUUCACUACUAUUUUUCAAUAUUAUCUAAAAGGCUAUUAAAUUAUUACAUAUAUAAUAUGAACACAUAUUAUAAAAAAUAUGAUAAAGUCCAAGGAAUAAAUAAGAACAAUAAUUAUUUUAAUACUUCUAUUCCUACCUUUGAUAGUACGAAUAAUACUUACUCUAAAUAUAAAUCAGACAAAUCAUCAAUUAUAUAUAAUAGAAAAAAUAAAAUACAUCAAAAAAAUGAAGAUAUAUAUUGUAAUAUAAAAUUGCCUAAUAAGCGUAAAGAAAUUAACAGAGGAGAUAGUAAUGAAAUUGUUAUGAGUAAUAAAAUAAACUAUAAAAGGUUUUAUAAGACCCCAUUCACACAUAACAAUAAUAAUAAUAGUAAUAUUAUAAAUGAUUCUUAUAGACACUUAUUUAAUGAACGUAUUUUGAAUAAGGAGUGUAUAUAUCUAAAUGAUCAAAACGAAAAAAGAAGUGACAACUAUUCAGAUUAUUCGGGUGAUAAACAAGGGGAUAUUAAUGUUAAAAAUAAUAAUGCAGACAAUAAUAGUAAUAAUAAUAAUAAUAAUAAUAAUAAUAAUGAUAAUCAUAAUAAUAAUGGUAAAAAUAAUGAUAAUCAUAAUCAUAAUAAUGAUAAUAAUAAUAAUAAUGAUAAUAAUAGUAAUGGUAAUAAUAAUAAUAAUAACAACAAUAACAAUAAUAAUAACAAUAACAAUAAUAACAACAACAAUAAUAAUAACAAUAAUAAUAGUAAUAAUGACAAUGGGGAUAACAACCGAAAGAACGAUAAUAAUGAUAAUGAUGAAGGUAAAAAGAAAGGUGAUAAUAAUGUUAUUAAAACAGAUGAAGAUGAUAAAGAGGAUGAUGACGAAGAUGUUAGAAUAGAACAAAAUGAUAAUGAAAAUAUAAAUCAUAAUGAUGAGGAUGAUAUAAUUCAUAUGAAUGAUGAGAAUAACAUGAAUGAUAUGAAUAAUAUGAAUGAACACGAAAAUUAUUAUCGUCUUAUAAAAGAAAUAGAAUUUCUAGAAAAAAAAGAAAAUAUGAAAGAGUGCAUUAAUGAAAACAUAAAUGAAUGUAUAGAUACAAAUAGGAAUCAUAAUAAAGAAGAGGAUAUGAUUGAUGAAGAAAAGAAUAAAAUAAAAUUACGUAAUGAUGAAAAUAUAAAAAUAAAAUCAGAAAAAAUAGAAAUAAAAAUUAAAGAAGAACAUAUUAAUAUUACAAAUAUAAAUCAAAAUCUAACACAUAAUAAUACAUCACCUAUUAUAAGUCAUCCAUUGAAAUUACCUUUAUUACCUGAAAUGAGUCAUCCAAAUGUAUUUUCAUCACAUUCUCCUAGAUCCAACAAUAUAGCUAGUAGUAGCAGUAGUACUAGUAGUAGUAGUAGUAGUUGUAGUGGUGCUAGUAGCAGUAAUAGUGGUAGUAGUAAUAGUAGUAGUAGUUGUGGGGGUUCACCAAAAAAUUUACCUAAUCAAUUGAAUGAUCCUGAUUUUGAAGAAGCAUGUGAUAUAAGACUUAUGAAUUCUUCAGAAAAUUUGACGUUUUCUCAGUCUCCACCAACGAGCUCUUUACAUGCAUCAUCUUUACAUUUGACAGAUGUAAAUGAAUUAGUUUUAUCACCUAAUCAACAAUUAUAUAAUAAUAGCCCAAUGAAAUCACCAACUAAUACACCAAUUAGAAGUCCUUCCUCACCUGUUUUUGAGGCUAAUUAUAAUGAGGAAAAUAUCGAAAAGGUAAAUUCAAAUUAUUUAAUUUCUUCACCUUAUAGAAAUGAUAUUUUUUCAGAGUUGGAUAUGUUAGGAUCUAUAUUUGAAUCACUAGAUGAAUUAGAAAAUAAAAGUGAUUACACCGAAAGUAGUAGUAAUGAUAAUUGCAAAUAUAGCAAUGAUUUUUCUUUAGAUAAAUGUAGUAGUGGCAUAAAAAAAGGUACUAUUGAAAAAGAUGAAAUUAUUUAUAAUUUUAAAAAAGAUAAUUUAAAAAAAGUAUUUCAUGCUUGGUGUAAUAAAGGAAAACAUGAAAUUAAUUAUGAUAAUAAAAAAUUUAAUUCAGUAAUGGAAUGGAUAAAUUAUAUAGAGGAAUUAAUGUCUCAUGAACUAGGUAUAACAAAUGAUGAUAAAAAAAAUGAUGAUAUAAAAGGUGAUAUGGAAUUAAGUGUAGAUAUAUUUACCAACCAAAAUAAUUAUAACAUGGAUGAACACAAACAUGUAAAUGAAAAUAUAGAAAAUGAAGAAAAUAUUUUAAUCAAUAAAAAUAUCUUAACAAACAUAAAUCAUCAAAAUGUUGAUGAAUUUAUAAAUAAUUCUAGUGACCCUUUUGAUUUUAUCAAUGAACAUAAUGUAAAUAAUGAUAAUAAUAUCAUAGAAAAUAAUAAUAUCUCCAAUGAUAAAAAUAUUAUUCUCCAUAAUAAUGACAUUGUCGAGGAUACAACAACAUCAAAUAGUAUGUCACCUAAUAAAUCUGCAUUUAGUGAUAUUACAUCUAGUGUUCAUAAUUCAAAUGAUACUAUGAAUUUAUUUUCUGAAUAUAAUAACGCUGAGGAUCAUGUUACAUAUAGUAAUCACCAUAAAGAAAAACAAGAAGAAGAAAAUAAAUAUUUUAAUGAUCAACAUACUAUAAAUAAUAAAAUUACAUGGAAUCAUUCAGAACACAAUUUUGUAUGGAAUAAUAAUGAUAUAGAUGAAAAAAAUGAUGAUUAUAUAAAAAAAAAUGAUAUAUUACAAAAAAACAGUGACGUAAAUAAUAUAUCAGAUAUAAAUACUAACGAUUUUGAUAUCAAUAGUGUUGAAGAUAAGGAUGUUAUAAAUAUACAAGAAAAUACCAAGGAUAAUAUAACAUCUUCCAAUUAUAUAGAAGUUACAGAUCCUUGGAAAAAAUAA